ACCUGUUCCCACACAAUCACCGCCAAACACAGCCCUAGUUAGUGCACGUCACCUUGACACUUAUCUUACUCCUGCUUCGCACAAUGUUCACACUGUAGCAGACGUUCAUCAACAAUCUGAUUCUUCACACAGGGUUACUAGGCAACAGCAGCAACAACAACAACAAAAGCAAACUGCUGAGUCACCUGAAAGUUCAUCAAGGUCAGAGAGUAGUGAAAAUGAUGAGGAUGGUGAUGACGAAAACGAUGAAAAAGAUCCAUACGCUAUAGUGGACACUACAACAAAACUGCGGCAAACCAAUGGACAAGGUAAUGACAAUCCUGCUGAUACCGGUUUUAAGCGCCAAAGGUCAGGUGAAGGUCGUAGAAGUGAAAAUUUCUUUGACAGUGAUCAUUCAUCUUUAGAUAAUAAAGAAAAGCCAUCUGCAGGGGAAGAUGGUGAAGAUCCCUAUCACACGCUAAAAUUUGAUCGUGAGGAUGACCGGCCUAGUGACCAGAACGGCCAACUUGAUGAUCAGUCCAACGACCAGUCUGCUCAACAAGGGGAGAGCAGUAAUGCAAUGAAAUUUGAUCAGUUACCUAGAGGUCAAAAGGAAGUAAUUAUGGCACAGUACCAUCAUGAACAUCAAGGUCAAGUUCCCCCAGACCUACCACCACGUGACGAAAAAUCAUCUAAAACUUGUGUUAUUAUGUAGCAGAAUAUUGUCAUGAAUAGAUUGGGACCAGCCUUCUAAAAAAUUCAUUCUUGUUUUAAUACUUAUUCAAAUACUCAGAAUUUUAAUUUAUAAUUGAAGCAAUUGAUGUAAAAGUUUAUACUAGGAGUAAAAUAUUAUGCACAAAAUUGUGAUGGAAAUUUUCCUAUUUGACUUAUAAUCAAAGGUUAGUAUUUUUUAUAAGAAACUGCAGGUAAAACUGUUUAAAAAACCACCUCUGUUCGAAGCACCUAUCUCUUAAUAAAAGAAUUCUAUUUCUCAGUUUAGGUCAUAAUGUACAAAGGAACCUUCCCUUAAGGGAGCAUCAGUGACAUGUUCUUCUCAUGGAAAUUCACCUUUGUUGUGAAACCACUUUACAACACAGACCAUUGUUACCACUUUCUAAAAGUGGCUGUUGUAGACAGAUUAAGACGUAUGAUAAAGAAAAUUAUAACUCUUUCACGUUGAGCCAAAAACAACAUAUGUACUGGUUUGUACCUGAAAGCUUAAAGAGAAAUCUUACAGCAAUUUUUCUCUGACAUAUCCAUUCUAAAUUCAAUAAAUGUAGAGAAACCAGUUUCAAACUUUGUACUUUUUGAUUUUUUGAGCUAAGGGUUAAAAUAAAAACAUUAAAGAUCAUUUAGAAAUACUCAACUUUAUUUAUUUUAAAAUGCACAGUAACAUUUUAUUCACGGAUAAUGUUGUAUUAUUAACAAAUUAGAAUAUUAUUUUUAAAUUAUAAUUUUGAUAAAAUUUAAAUAGUCAUAGCUUUUAUUUUCGUAAUUUGUAUAACAUUUUUGUUAUUUUUUACUGACAUAAUUGACUGUAUAGUUUACUGCUAUUGUUUUUGCAUUUUUAUAUUGAAUACACAUAGAUUAGCAUUUAAACAUUCUAUCUUCCUGCACAGUGAAAGAACAUUAUAAGCACAGGGACCCAGCACAGUGUUGGGAUAGUGUAAAAAAGUAAUUCUAGAAAAAAAUACAGUACAUGUAUAUAUUUUUUUCUAGAAUUACUUUUUUACACUAUCCCAACACUGUGCUGGGUCCCUGUGAUUAUAAGGAGACCAUAGGACAAUGGUUUAAAGACCAUUUAAGGACGAUUGAGUGGUUAAAUAGCACUCCUUGAGCAGUUGUCAAGGAUAUGCCCAUGAAAAUAUAAUAUUUAAAGUCUGUUACAAAAUAUAUAUCUUGCACCAUUAAUGUAAAGGAAUAUACAUGUAUAGUUUUUAUAAUGGUGUCAGUGCUAGACUGAUGUAUUUGACUUUCAUAGAUAGUUACAGUUGUCUAGCUGUGAACUAAUGAUUUCCAUUUUACAUUUUAGAACAAUCACAUGUUUCAAACAAUCUUCGGCUAAGCAUUUAUUUUAAUAAGUUUUCGAACAACUGUGUUUAUUAAAUUGUGUAAAGAAAGUGCACAUAACUUUAUGUACUUGGUAUUAUUUCUAAACAGUUAAAACCCCAAAGUUCACAUCCGUAGAGAUGCCUGGACCAAAAGACUUUAAGUUCCAUUUAUGUUAUCAAAAUGUUUAUAAACACUGUUGUGAAAAGCAAGAUUAUAUCUUUUUGUCAACCGCUUUUUCGAAGGAAAAAGGUGGAUAUAGAAAAAGGCUGUGUUCAUCUGUCUGCUGGUCCAUCUGUCCACACUUUCCUGGCUGGUCUAUAACAAUGUAAUUUAUCAUAUGUAUUUUGAGCAAUGGUGAAGACAGUUUUGAAAAUGGCGGCCAUCUUGAAUGAGCAGAGAUAAUUUUGGGCCCACUUCACUUUUGAAAUUUACAUGGUCUAAAGAUGAUUUCCAGAAAGUUUCAUGCUUGUAUCACCAUUUGCAGUAUUCUCUCAAUUCCCACCUCACUAGUAUACAGCCAGGCCAGCCUGCAAUGCAGAAUGUUCAGUCUAACCAGGCUCUCUACUGCUGCCAGCUCAAUUUUUGUAUACUCUGAGUUUUCAAAUGGACUCUUCCAAAUUCAAAUAUUGCCAAAUCCAUUACAACAUUUCCGCAGGUUGAGGAAUAUUAAUAUUUUCUAUGUCAAUCGGUUUUUCUUGACAGAUACUUUUGAGUUUGAUUCUUAAAUGACCACUGCCUAUUUAUAUUAUCUUAAUAAGGAAUCAUUUUUAAGACAAUCUCAGAUUGGUUGCUCUGUUAAUUGGAUGAAUAUAAGUAUUUUAUGUUUUUUUGAAAAAGAGGCAUUUGUCAUCAUGAUCAUUGACACAGACAUUUUAUUAUUUAUUUUAUACAUAGUUCAUAGAAUACACAUAUUUUUUGUAUCUAUCAAGCUACCGUCAAACCUGUGAUUAAAGGCCAUACAAAGGAGAGACCAUACAUGACCUUUAUAGACAAGUGGUCUUAAUGCCGAGUUAACUCUGCUGUACCUUUAUCAAUGAAGGUUUGUUUGCAAUAGAAUGGUCUUCAUUUACUGGGUGGUCUUUAUCCGGAGGUGGUCUUUAACAUGGGUUUGAUUGUAGUCAGAAUAAGUAUGCUUUUUGAGAAAUUAAAAUGGUAUGUUGUAUUAUCUUAUUUAUUCUGUUUUUUUAUUGAGUUGAUAGAAAUUUAACAGUUCCAUUUUGACAUUUCAUUAGUAUCUGUUUUAUUUUGAAAUUGUACUAUUGUUAGAGCUUUUUGUAUAUUAUAUAAUGCUAUCUGUGAUACAGUAAUAAAUUAUUU